CCACUUUACGAUCUUCGGACACCUCCAGCACAACAAAGCAUGUGUGGCUCCGUAACAUUGUUUCUCCCGUGAACGUGGACGGAAUUUAGGAUUUUUUUUCCCCCCUUUUUGUCGUUAUUUCUGCUCUUUGCUUUCACCUUGAUGGUAAUAGUGGAACCGUGGCUACCAUGACAACAGAGGCAAUUGCGGUGAGUGACGCGGACACCGAGGGCAAGCAGAAGGCCGGAAGUGCAGAGGCUGAGCCCGAGCCAGUGGCAUCUGAACCAGAGGGGGAUCAGUUGAGCAAGAAGGCUCAGGAGCAGGCCUGUGAGCCCGGGCCUGCUGACGGAACAACCUCCUCUGAGGAGGAGCAGCUGAAGCCUCGUACCCGCACUUCUGCUGGCAAAGGCCUGUCACGCCUCUUCUCGUCUUUCCUCAAGCGCCGCUCACAAUGCUCGGAUGGAGAGGGGUUCGAGGGAGAGAAAGCCAGUGAAGAGAAGGAAGAAGUAGAAGAAGCGGAGAAGAAAGAAGCGAAAAGUGAGGCGCCCAAGGCAGAGGAAGAACAGAUUGAGUCAAAAGAACUGAAAAAGAGAGAAGAGAAAGUAGAGCACAAAGAGCAGGAAAAGAAAGACGGAGAAAAAGUUCAGAAAAAAGGCAGUAAAAAGAAACAAGUCAAGAGGAAAGGAGAGGUCAAGAAUGAGGAAAAAGUGAAAAAGAAAGAACAGGAAAAAGGAGAAGAGGAGGAAAAGCAAGUGGUGGCAAAGCAGCCUGUAGAAAAGGUAGAACUGAAUCUGAACGAGAGGACUGGAAUUAAAGAAAAGGAAGAGAAUAAAGAAGAAAAGGCUGACAAGAAGUUGACAAAGAAAAAAGCAAAGGACAACAAGGAGAAGAAGAAAGAGGAGGAAAAAGCAAAGCGGAAAGCAGAGGAAGAGGCAAGAAUAAAGAAGAGACAAGAAGAAAAAGCAAAGAAAAGGGAAGAGGAAAAGGCAAGAGAAGCUGAAAAAGUGAAGAAAGAAGAAGAGGAAAAGGCCAAAAAGAGAGAAGAGGAGAAAGCAAAAAGGAAAGAUGUGAAAGGAGAGCCACUGCAGAAAGAUGACAAAACAAAAAGCGAAAGCGUAGAAGCGCACCAGAAGGAAGAGGAUAGGGGUAAGAAAAAAGAGAAGGUGAAAAACAGAAGCAAAAAGGAGGAGCAGGAGGUGAAUGAGCAGAGUGAGGAACAGGUGAAGGCUCCCAUUGCUGAUCCAGAACCUGAGCUUAAAACCGAGUUGGAUACAGAACCGGCUCCUGAUCAGCACUCAGUCAGCAGUGCAGAGAAUCAGACACUUCAAGAAGAACACAAGGAAGAAGUUGAAAUAACGGAGGAGCCUGAAGUGGAACAAGUGCAGGAGGAAGACACAGAGAAAAAAGAAAAACCAGCAGAACAAGAGAAAGAGAUUACAACGGAGGAGGCCACGAAGGAAAAGGUAAUGAAAGAAAAGAAGAGCGAAAAGAAGACUGACGAAGCCAAAGCCUCCAGACGUCAGAGAACGAUGCAGUGCAAAGUAACCCUGCUGGACGACACUCAGUUUGAGUGGGAGCUUGAUAAACAUGCUAAAGGCCAUGAGCUCUUUGCAAAAGUGUGUGACCACCUCAAUCUCCUGGAGAAAGACUACUUUGGCCUGGCUCACUGGGAGACGACAACCAGCAAGACAUGGUUGGACCCAGCAAAAGAAAUCCGGAAGCAGGUUCCCGGUGCUGUCUAUGAGUUUACUUUUAAUGUGAAGUUCUACCCUCCUGAUCCAGCUCAGCUGACUGAAGACCUCACUCGGUACUUUCUAUGUCUCCAGCUGCGGAAGGACAUCAUGAGUGGGGUUCUUCCAUGUUCAUUUGUCACACUGUCCCUGUUGGGUUCUUACACAGUCCAAUCAGAACUUGGAGAGUAUGAUGUUGAGGUCCAUGGAUCAGACUAUGUUAAAGACCUGAGUCUGGCCCCUGGACAGAACAAAGAGCUGGAAGAAAAGGUGAUGGAGUUGCAUCGCACCUACAGAUCAAUGUCUCCAGCCCAAGCAGAUAUAUUGUUUCUGGAGAAUGCCAAGAAGCUCGCCAUGUAUGGAGUGGACUUACAUCAAGCCAAGGAUCUUGAUGGUGUUGACAUCACGCUAGGGGUUUGCUCCAGUGGUCUGAUGGUUUAUAAAGACAAGCUGAGGAUCAACCGUUUCCCUUGGCCCAAAGUGCUUAAGAUCUCUUACAAGCGCAGCAGCUUCUUUAUCAAAAUAAGACCAUCAGAGCAAGAGCAGUAUGAAAGCACAAUUGGCUUCAAGUUGCCGAACUACAAGGCCUCUAAGAAGCUGUGGAAAGUCUGUGUCGAACAUCAUACUUUCUUCAGGGUUUCAACAGUAGAGCCUCCCUCAUCACGCCGUUUCCUCGUCCUGGGUUCUAAAUUCCGUUAUAGCGGGCGUACACAGGCCCAGACCCGCCAGGCCAGCUCCAUGAUUGACCGUCCAGCUCCACGCUUCACACGCUCUGCAAGCAAAAGGCUGUCCCGUAACCUAGAUGGAGAGAUAGAGGAGUCUGUGCCGACAUUCUUUCAGUUUCGAGAGGAGGCGCAGUCUGUUGAGCCGGUCACAGAAAUCUGGCAGGACGAUGACACCAGUCAGACCUUCUCUCAAAGCGUCAGUCAGUCAGUUAGCCAGCCGUGGCAGCGACUGAUGUCUGAUGGGCUGCAGAGGACAAAAGACGACAACUGGUUUCCCCUGUUCCUUCGUGAUCCUCCUUUUUCUGUGCCACAUUUUGAUUUGGUCCAACAACCAGCUGAGCUUAGCUAUGGAGAAAUGAGCUCUGCAGACAGGUUGUUGCAGCCGUCGCGGAAACUGCGAGAUGACUGGGUCGCAAACUUUGACCGCACUGUCACCUUAUCUUUGCCUGAACAUGUUGACAGUUUGCCAUUCUCGGCCCCAUCUGAGCUCCAGGUCUGUGAGAAAGAUGAGCAAACCGUAUAUUUGACAGAGCAAGACCUGACCACUGAGGUCAUUGAGAGACUGCAAGAAACUGUGACCUUUGUUGAUAAGUGGAGAGAGGGGGAGGUUUUGGAAAGAAGGCUGAUGGAAGUGAGAGAUUUAGAGGAAAGACUCCAAGAGGUGGAUGAACUAGCAGAGAGACUGCAAGAAGUAAUAGAGCAAGAAUUGGGGGAGGAAGAAGUGGCAGAUUUAAGAAAGCAAGAGGAAGACUUAUUGCACAAACAGACAAAAGAAGGUGAAGCGGUAUCAAGAAUGGUGGUGGAAAACACUGUGCAGAUGAUGCAGACUAAAGAGGAGGAAGUGGAUGAACUUGAAGAGCAAAUAAAGGAGGUGUUCUUAAAAGACUUGUCUGACGAGGAAGAGAGAUCGCUGAAGGAGGAGAGGGAAAAGGAGGUGACAGAUGAGAGUUCAGUUAAUGAUGAAUUGAGCGAAAUGCUCCAUCUGAUUGAAAGGGAAUGGCAGGGAGCUGGAAAGGUGGAGCAGGAUUUCAUGCCUGGCUCUUCAGAUGUUGCUGCUUUUGCAGCAGGGUACACCAAGGUGGAGAAAAGGGCUAAGAAGAAAGUGAUGAUAAUGGAUGAGAGAGGGCAGCAACUGAAGCCUAUAACAGAAGAGCAGGUAGAGUCUGUUGUGUUAACAGGAGGAAGUUUAGAAAAUGAAAUAUGGCCGAAUGCAGAGUUACUGGCAGGCAAAACUGAGGAAGAAGUUACAGAGUGGCAUCAGCGUCAAUCAGAGGUGGACAAUAAGGAUGUCUGGCCCAUCCUUUUUGAUCGCUUUCCACGCAUGGCUGUUUUCAAACAACCAGUUGCGUUAGUGGAACAGGUUCAGGUGGAUGGAGAGUAUUUUGGCUCAAUCCCUGAAAUAACAGUUGAAGACAAAGUGGAGAUCAUUGAAGAAGAAAAAAGACAUAUACCAAAGAUCCUGUCACCACAAAAACUCACAGAAAAAGCAGAUGAUUGGUUUGUGUUCCUGGAUGUUAUUCCCAGAAAAACAUCUUACGUAGCACCAGUUGCCUUGAAGGGAAUUAGCCCGAUGGAGAUGGAAAGUUUUGCUUCUAUAGUUGAGAUUGUGGAGGAUGAGAAGAUUAGAGGAAAAGAUGAGAUGAGCACAGAAGGAGAUGUACCAAAUCAUCGACAACAAAUCACACAGCAGCCUUUGAGUGAUCAAGAUGAUGGCUGGUUUGUGUCGCAGGAUGUGGUUCCCAGUGAAACUUCAUAUGUACUAACAGUUGCUGUUGUGGAGCAUGCUCCAGUGUCAAAAGAAGAACAUGAAUCCCUGAUUGAAGUUGAAGAGAGGGAAAACAGAAUGGAAGUUGUAAAGAUAGAACUAGAGCCGAGUCAAAAGAAAGUGAUGUUUCAGCCACAGCCUGUGACAGGGAGAGAUGAUGACUGGUUUGUGCUGCUGGAUGUUCCCUCUCGAAAACCAUCAUUUGUACAACCAGUUAUCAUUCAAGAACAUGUUCAGGUUUAUACAGAAGAAAGAAUUUCUACUGUAGUUGAAGCAAUUACACCAGAGUCCAGAGAGCAGGUUUCUGUAGAUGAGCUCAUUAUUCAGGAGGAGGAUGAGAUGAUUCCAAAACAAAUGAUUCCAGAGCAGCAAACAUGGCAGCUAAUGAGAGAAAGAAAUGAUGACCGGUUUGUGCUGCUGGAUGUUCCCUCUCAAAAACCAUCAUUUGUACCUCCAGUUAUCAUUCAAGAACAUGUUCAGGUUUAUGCAGAAGAAAAAAUUUCUGCUGUGGUUGAAGCAUUUACACCAGAGUCCAGAGAGCAGGUUUCUGUAGAUGAGCUCAUUAUGGAGAAAGAGGAUGAGAUGAUUCCAAAACAAAUGAUUCCAGAGCAGCAAACAUGGCAGCUAAUGAGAGAAAGAGAUGAUGACUGGUUUGUGCUGCUGGAUUCUGUUCUCAGAGAAACUUACUAUGUCCCUCCAGUUUCUGCGGAGGUGCCGAGCCGGAUUUAUCCAGCUAUACAACAGGUAGUUGAAGUAAAACGUGAUGUUCAGACAUUACCACAGGUUGUUGUUGAGCAGAGGAGGCAGCAGCCAUCUCAGCCUCCACCAGGGAGACAGGAUGACUGGUUUGAGGUCUUGCCAUCAGUUUCUCUGGCUGAGGUUAUUCUGGAUGUGAGGAAGACCUUUGAUAUUGAGGCGAUGGACAGAGGUGUAAUUGGUGUGGACAACAGACGAGAUGAGACACGUGUGUCUGAAAUUAGACUGAACCAAAUGACACCAGCGUCAGAAAGAGAACGGCGAGAUGAUUGGCUUGUCCUGUUUGACAGCAUCCACGAAAAGCCUGUUUCCAUACCACCAGCUGCUGUGGUUGAUCAUAUUGAGGAUGAGAUGGCAGCCAUUGUGCCAGAACAAAAACUCUUCAUGGAAGAUGCGAGUCCCACUCCGAUGGAAGUGGAUGUUACUUCUUUGCAACAAAGAAAACUGGGUGAUGACUGGUUUGUUCUCGUCGAUGUUGCAGCUAAAGACCGAGCAGCUGAACAUAUCCGUACAUAUGCUGAAGUAAGACCAUCUAAAGAAUUUGCACUUGUAGAGCAGAAACGUUCUGUUACGGAGGAGAUAUGGAAGCAAGAAAUGAUACAACAGCGGAGGCCAAGCCAACCUUUCAGAAAUGUGGACGAUGAUUGGUUUAUCCUGUUGGAUGUGGUCCUUAAAAAAUCAGUUGCUGUCUCUGAGCUCCUCCGGUAUCCUGCAGAAGUAAGGUCUGAGGUCACAGUUCACAUUGCUGAGACCAAAGCUGAGAUUGGAAUUCCAGAGAAAAGACCACAGUUUGAAAAAAGGAUCCUGGAGGAAAGAGUCACUCAUAGAUGUGAGAGUGAUGACUGGUUUGUUCUGCUUGAUGUUGACCUGAAGGAGCCAGUGAUGGUCACACAGAGAGGCACGCGUCCUGUCAGCGCUCCGGUCUUCUCCCAGGCUGCACUGGCAGAAGCAGGCAUCCCUAUGGCUCCUUUUGAACAGCCCCAGACCUCCACUCCCAUCAGGACCAGCAUGCAGGAGGAAAGGAAGCUGGAGGUGACCAUAGAAGCUAUGGAGCCACCAAAAAUGAAGGCUGUCACUGAGGUUAAGCCAGCAGUGAGGAGGGAGCAGAAAGAAGUAGACUCCUCCAUACUUGCCAUCAAUGGGGACAUUCGGCUCCAGUCUGAGGUGACGAGCACGAAGGUGGCUCUAAUGCGAAAGAAAAGAGCUAAGAAAAUUGAGGGUGACUCAAUUUAUGUCAGACAUAGCCUUUUAAUGUUGGAGGAGUUCGAUAAGCCUCAGGAGGACCUGCUCAGGCAUCACGCUAGCAUUAGUGAGCUGAAGAGGAACUUCAUGGAAGCCGUCCCGGAGCCCCGCCCGAGCGAGUGGGACAAGCGUCUCUCCACGCACUCUCCAUUCCGCACCCUGGGUAUCAACGGUCAGCCUCUGCCCGCCGUGGAUGGGAGUUUGUGCAUUACUCCUCUGUGGAAUCAUUCAGAGACAAAGGCCACACUUAAGGAAACCAGAGCCAGUAGGGACGUUUCAGGAAAACCCAGUCCCGUUAUGACCCAUCAGAGUGAUCCUGACAGUGUGGAAGCCCACGAUGGCCCUGCUGUGGCAGAGACAUGUGAUCAGGAAGAGGCUGUAGUUGUUGAGACCUCUGUGGUAUCCAUCACAGAGGUGGAGAUGGCCCAGGUGCCUCUCUGCAACGACGGCUUCAGUAAAGGUUUAGAUGCGGUGCAGGAGGGGGAAGAAGCUUCAAGUCCCAGAUUGGAGUGCUCUGGACAGACAUUUGGAAGUUCUCCAGCCUGCUAUUUCAUGAGUGAUGGUCCUCAGGUCAUACGCUGCUUCCAGCCCCCUCUGGUCCAGACUCAGACAGUCACCAUCACAGCUGUCUCCAACUCCUUACCCAGUGGCAUUUCCACCACAGAUGUCCCCAUCGUCCCAACCAAGACCUUCACCUAUGAGCCUUCAAAGGUGACAGUUGAUGGACCUGACGAGGACGCAGCCAUGUCCAGCUCCACAACCAUCACCUCAGAAACCAGCAGUGGCACCACAGUCACCACCACUACCACUCAUAUCUCAAAGGUAGUGAAAAGUGGAUCUUCAGAAACUCGGGUGGAGAAGAGAAUUGUCAUAACUGCAGAGACUGAAACUAGUCAAGACAAGGAGAACGUCAGUGGGGCGUCAGCACUGUAACGGAGUCACCACCCUUCAUUUAUUCCUGUGAUCCGUCAGCUCUCGUGUCCCCGCGUCAGAAUGCAGCACUCAGUGACCAGCUCCACGUGCACGCACACAUAUCCACACUGAAAUAUCUCCUCAUUCCCAGUGGUCUUUUAAUGAGAGAGGAGCUGCACUGUGCUCUCUGAAUAGUGUAUUUGCUGAGCUCACAAAACUUAGUAAAUACAUUUUAGUUUAAAAACAGCACUUACAAAUUGACUGAUUUUCACUUAUGUUAGUAUUUUAUGUUCUUAAAAAAAAGCAGUUUCACCUUUUAUUCAUAGUUUUCAGCUUUGAUUCCACAUUCAGAGGAAAUCUUGGGUCAGUCAGAUUCAGGAGAGACGUUUUUAUGAAAUGACAUACCUCAUAUCGAUUACACAUGAACAAAGAGCUCGUGGUCAAAUUUGGAUUGUAGUUUGGCACUGUUCACUGCUCAGGUACUAACAAACAUUACAACCAGCACAGUACCAGCAGACGACACAUUAUUGUAAAGCUUGGGGAAAAAAAAAAAAAAAACUGAUCUAUUUUGAAAUGUUUCUGUAUUUUAUAGACUUAAUGUUUUUUAUAGUAUUUGUACAAAUUGAGGUUUUAAGUUAUUCAUAUCUACCGACUCUUCGUAGUUGCCGCUGUACUGAAUUUCAAGGUCUUUUACACAUCUUGCCUGAUCAUUCUAAUCUCAAAAACCACCAAGUUUAUGGAAGUUAUUGCGAAGCGACAUGGAGUGCUUCAAUCGACGCAGACAUCUGAAUUGCUUUGAAUACUUUGUUUGGUGCAAAAAGAUUUCCAAGCGUUGGUCUGUUUAUCUCAGGUUUUGAUGUUCUCCAUAAGCCUACAGCCAUCCACGUGCUUGUACAAGGAGUGUCCGUGCACCUAACCUAACCCAGCUCUGCUUGUACACAUUCAUCCAGUGAGGUCACACCCGUGUGAAAGGGGAACGCAGCUCUUCCAUUUUUUUUUUUUUUUUGUUGGUUGUUUGUUUACAUUUUACUCUAAUUUAUUUGUAAAGUAGGAAAUGUUUGAUGUGAUUUGUUCUGUGACGUGUCAACACAAGCUGGUUUCUGUGAGCCGAGUCCAGAUGUCAUGUGAAAUGUUGCAUUCAGUAUCCAUGUUUGUAAAGCCUUUCUGCUACGCCCCCAAAGUAGUCCACUCUCACUUUCUGUAUUUUAUCCCCCCAUAGAGAAAUGCUUUUUAGAAGGCGUGUUUAGUAGCAGUUUUUUUUAAACCAUUGGUACUUUAGAGUCCUCGCCAAGAAGAUAAUGUAGACUUUCACAUGAAGACAUUGAAAUAUUGUUGCUUUGUCACUUAAUCCUUUGUUUUUAAUGAAAAGAAAAAAACAAUAAAACAUUUUUUGUGUAGUUUU